AUGGAGACCUGGACACCCAACCCUCGAGCGAAGCCAUUCAUACCACGCCAACAAAGAAGCUUGUAUCUCACUUAUAAAUAUACCCUGUUCAAUAAAAGGACCAUUCGGCGUUUCUGUCAGGUUGGUGCGGUACUGUUUCUACUAGUAACUGUCAUUGUCAAUAUUAAACUCAUUUUGGACACCAGAAGAGUUGCCAAUGAAGAAUCAGCAGUUCAAGAAUAUGAGGAUGCGAUGCCUAACAUGGAGACUCCUCGCAGACCGGCCAAUGGGCGCAAAGUUCUUGACAUUGAGGUGUACUCCAGCCGCUCUAAAGUCUAUGUGGCAGUCGAUGGCACCACUGUGUUGGAGGAUGAUAUGCGGGAGCAAGGUAGAGGCAUCCAUGUUAUUGUCCUAAAUCAGGCUACGGGUCAUGUGAUGGCCAAGAGAAUUUUUGAUACCUACUCACCCCACGAAGAUGAAGCCAUGAUACUCUUCCUUAAUAUGGUAACUCGAGGUCGAGUUCUUAUCUUUACCAUUAAGGAUGAGGGCACAUUUCAUCUAAAGGAUGCUGCCAAAAACUUGCUAAAAAGUCUUGGCAGCCAGGUGUCUCUUAAUCUCAGUUGGAGGGAUAUGUGGACUCUGGUGGUGAAGAAAGGAGGUCAAGUAUAUGGUGAAAAGCAUUCAAAAUCUCCUGCUCUUUCCACCUGGGGUGAUGCGGUUCUUCUCAAAACGGAAGUGCAGCUCACUGCAUCUGAAGAGGCAGAGUGCCACUGGGCCGACACGGAAUGGAAUCGGCGCAGGAAGCUCUUCUGCAGCAAAGUGGAAGGGUAUGGCAGUAUCUGCAGCUGCAAAGACCCAGCGCCCAUUGAAUUCAGCCCAGAACCUCUACCCAAUAAUAGCGUCUUCAAUGUCCCUGUUGCUGUCAUUGCAGGAAACAGACCUAAUUAUCUCUAUCGGAUGCUCAGGUCGCUUCUUUCUGCUCACGGUGUUAACCCAAAGAUGGUCACAGUCUUCAUUGAUGGAUAUUAUGAGGAGCCUAUGGAUGUGGUGGCGUUGUUUGGAUUGAAGGGAGUUCAGCAUACACCAAUUAGCAUCAAGAAUGCCAGAGUGUCCCAGCACUACAAAGCCAGUUUGACAGCAACAUUUAACCUUCACCCAGAGGCCAAAUUUGCGAUUGUGUUAGAGGAGGAUUUGGACAUCGCCAUUGACUUUUUCAGUUUUCUAAGUCAGACGGUUCAUCUGUUGGAUGAGGAUGACAGCCUUUAUUGCAUAUCAGCCUGGAAUGAUCUUGGUUAUGAACACACAGCAGAGGAUCCCGCCUUGCUCUACAGAGUGGAAAGUAUGCCUGGCCUGGGCUGGGUCCUGAAAAAGAGCCUCUACAAGGAUGAACUUGAGCCAAAAUGGCCAACACCUGAGAAGUUGUGGGAUUGGGACAUGUGGAUGCGAAUGCCAGAGCAAAGGAAGGGCAGAGAGUGUAUCAUACCUGAUGUAUCCCGCUCCUACCACUUUGGCAUCAUUGGCCUCAACAUGAAUGGAUAUUUUCAUGAAGUAUAUUUCAAGAAACACAAGUUCAACACAGUUCCUCACGUGCAGCUGAAGAAUGUUGACAGUUUAAGGAAGGAUAACUAUGAAGUGGAAAUCCAAAACCUGCUUCGUGAGGCGGAGCUGCUGGACCACACCAAGAACCCUUGUGAAGACUCGAUCCUGCCAGACUCUGAGGGGAAAGUGUAUGUCAUGUUCAUUAAGAUGGAGUCGGAGACGGACACAUCGACCUGGACUGAGCUUGCUAAGUGCCUCCAUGUUUGGGACCUGGAUGUUCGUGGAAAUCACAAAGGGCUUUGGCGACUGUUUAGAAAGAGGAAUCAUAUCCUGGUGGUGGCUGUACCAGUCUCCCCUUACUCUGUGAAGAAACCUGCCAAUGUCAAACCCAUCCAUUUGGAGCCUCCUCCAAAAGAAGAGGAUGCACCGGCAGAGCAGCUAUAA